GUUUCGAGUGCUCUUUGCACCAUUAAAACAAACACAAAAACGCAUGUUAUCUCAGAAAUUCAUUUAUUAAUUCUCUCUUCAAUUUUCUAUUCCCAAAAAACAAAAAUAUGAAUACAAGUCAUGCAAAUACACCUCACCCCAUGCUUUUCUCGCCUCUUUCUCUGCUCCUUAUUUAUUAAAGGCCUCUUAAAAUUUUAUCAUAAUUCUCACCGCGAUAUUCAUUAAUUCCUCCAAAAUCAUAUACUAAUUCUCCACAAAUCUUAUCUCAGAUGGUAAAAACCAGCAGCUCCGAAUUGCAUAAGGCUGCUUGGAACGAAGAUGGAGAUGCAAAAAUGGCUGCUGCGUUUGCUUCCAAGCAGCGAGGAACAGGUAACUGGACAACUUCUUCCAAGAGAUCAGGGCAGAGAAGAAGUGGGAAAAACUGUAGAGAGAGAUGGGGCAAUAAUCAGAAGCCUGCAGAUCCAAAGCUAAAGAGCUUCACCCCUCAAGAAGAGGAGCUCAUCAUCCAGCUGCAUGCCGUCCUCGGUAGCAGGUGGCCAAUCAUAGCCCAACAACUGCCGGAAAAGACAGAGAGCGACGUGAAAAUCCUAUGGAACAGCAAACUGAAGAAGAAGCUGUCAGCAAUGGGGAUAGAUCCGGUGACUCACAAGCCCUUCUCUCAGAUCCUGGCCGACUACGGCAGCAUGGGCGCCUUCCGCCUCCAUCCUCUCUCCAGGGACUUGAAAGGUGCGUUACCGGCUGCAGCAGGGCCCGUCAAAGCGGAGCUCUCCGACCCGCAGCUGGACGCGGAGGAGGCCUCCGCGUCCAGCUUCAGCUGGAGUGAUUUCUUCCUCGAGGAGGCAUUCGCCGCGCAGCAAAAUGGGGGCCACUUUGAUGAUGAUGAGAUUUUGCAAGGGAAGGGAGAUACCAAGAUUGAUGGCGCCGCCGGAUUUGAUGCGGCGCCGUCGUCGUCUUCGGCGUUUGUGGAAGCCAUGAUUGGGAAGCAAGAUGAGAUGUGCUCGCAGCUUCCUUGCUUCUACGAGGAGCCGUUUUACUACUAAAUUGUUUUAAUUUGUAAGAGAUGGAAUAGGUAAGGUGUUUUUAGUUCUAUGCCAAACCCCUCGUCACAAGCUUAAUUGAAAAACACACACAUAAAUAAAAAUUCACAAUAUUUAGAACAU